GUAACUUUGCCCCGGUACAGUAGGGCGGAAACAUGAUCUGUGACCAGACGGAAGUAGCACGUAGCUAGGAAGCAAGGAAGCAAGUGACCAAGUGACUCGACUCAAGUGAAAUUGCGGGGUUGUCAAACUUUCAAUAGUGUUUUCAUGUCGGUGUCUGAAAACUGAUGGGAAUAUUUGGACACAUUUUGAAGGAGAAAACAUGAGUUCAAGAAGUGUGAAAAAUGCAGUUGUUGUCGAGUAUCAGAAAAGACGAAAACCGACCAAGCAUUAUGUAUGUGACACUAUAUGUUAUAAAUUUCGAGUCUUGUGUUUUAAUAUUGUUUUGAAAUGAAAUUUCGAUUAUUGCUUUCUUUCUUUAGAUAUAGUUUUAUACGCUAAGAAAAUGGGGCUUAAUUUAAAUCUAAAAUGUGAUUAAAUAUCUAAAAUUAAUCUUUUAAUUCAACACUUUGAUCAAUAUUUAUUUUUGGUCUAAUUUAAUUGAGCCGGCUUAUUACACUGUAAUAAUCUGAUACGAUCGAGAGAACUUGAAAUAUAAUUAAUACAUUCUCCACUUAAUAAACAUAUAAUAUAAUUUUGUGAAAUAUGAUCACCUAAAUUGAUACAUUAUAAUAUAUAUUAUAUUUUAAUAUUACUGUUUACAGUUCUUGAAAAUAUAUGCUUUGGAACAUAACUUAAUUCGACGUGAGAUGUUUGAGGAAGCUAUUUUGUAGGGCAAAUUUAUCAAGUAUUCAAUAAUUUUGUUGGGCAAAAAUACAUUCAAAUCAUGUUGAGUCAGAAUAAGAAAACCUAGAAGUCCAAUUUGAGCAAUUUUAAAAAUAUGCUGUUCUGUUAACAUUUGUCAUUUCUGACCAUCAGAAUCCUGUAAAAUCUUCCCCCAAAGUGCAUGAAAUGGUGUUUCACAAUUCUCUGUGGGAGCUAGAUACCCCCAUGCGGCUCAUGCCUUUGGCACUCGAUACUUGUGCCUUCACAUCAUGGGCCCAUAGGACCAAGUCACUGUGAGAGCAACAUAGAGUAGGCCUUAGAACGACGAUGAUGUGUUGAUCUGAGGGCUGUAACUAUAGACCACUAUUGGGGUGUGUAUAUUCAUAUAUUUGUGUUCUACUCAACAGACGUCUUUUGAAAGUGAUUGUUUUUAUGGUAUGUAUAAAACAUGAAUAUACUGUAAUAUGAAUAUACAUCCCCCCUCCCAAUUAUCACAUCUAGCUACGGCCCUGGUGUUCAGAUGCUAUUCCUGUGGACCCUCAUAAACCUUUUUAGUUUUCCCAACAUCUUUACGUUCUUUUCUGACCACAUCCCUUUUGUUGGGCAAAGCGAAUCGAACCCCCCCCCCCCUUAAGAUACAACCUUGGGUGGUAUAUUGUACAGUAGCAUAAUUUGUAAAACAAUGUUUAAUGAUACAACGUAAAUAUUUCAAUCUUUUAUUUCAGGUUUAUGUUAUCAAUGUCACUUGGUCAGACAAUAGUGUGAUUGUGAUUUUUAGGAGAUAUAGUAGAUUUUUUGAUUUGCAGGUAAUUUGUGCAUCUUCAUGACCAGUACUGUAAAAUCAUCCUGCAUUAGACAGAGUAAUGUAAUGUACAAGAGUCUCGGACCCUUAAAAAUUAAUUACAGUACUAUCAUCAAAGACUAAACUUCAGAAUUACCUAAUUUGCCACCUUUGCCACCUAGGAGGGAGGGGGCUAAAAUAUUUUGGCACCAUUGCCGAUUCCAUUAUGACUUGUUGUUACAUGAAGUAGCCUCAUAUUUGCUGACAAUAUUUUUCGAAGGAGGUGCUUUGCUGCAGUGCUUAAAUUGCCUCGGCUGUAUGUGCAUUUUUCAUGUGUCAGUUGGCGGACUGCAGUAUUAAAUUAAACUUCAUAGAUACAAGAAUCAAAUAUUUUAUUCCUUUUAUCACUAAAUAUUCGCAUUUGCCACAAUUUCUUCUGGGUGUAUUGUAAAAAAGAUAAUUAUGGAGCAACCGAGGAAGAUUGAGUUUCAAAACUCAAUUGAAGAUUGAGUAUUCACUACCAUAUACCGAAAAGUUAAGAAAAGUAGAGCUGUGCAAACUCCGGUUAUUUUAGCUCCGGCACCGGCUCUGGCAGUCAAAACUCCGGGUCCGGCAAGAAAUUUUUAAGGAAAUUCAAUAUUUAAAAGUGGAAGCAGGCAAAAUAUUGGUUAUCGUUCCUUGUUUCGCGCACCAAUUAUGGUUAGGGGUUAGGUAUUAGGGUUAGGGGUUAGGUUAGGGUUAGGUUUAAGGUUAGGGAUAGGGUUAGGGUGUGUAUAUACGUGUAUGGAGGUAUCCAGUUAACUUUUCAGUACACUAUAAUAUCCAUUACAUAACGUUUACUAUAUUGGUGCGCGAAACAUGGAACGAUUACCAAAAUAUUUCAGUGUAAUUUCAGAAUUUAUCUUUUUUUUUAAAAAACCUUUUUACAACACUAUUAAUAGUAAACCACAUAGCAAUAUAUAGUAAAACAACAUAUAAAUAGUAAUAUAUUAAUAAACAACAACUUAAUUUUCCCAUUUAAUGCUAAAUGUUUGUUGAAAUAUGAAAUAAUUUUUCAUAAUUUUGUCUGCCGGAGUUUUUGCCGGCUCCGACAAAAUAUGCCAGAGCUCCGGCACUCCGACUCUGGUGCACAGCUCUAAAGAAAAGUGCCCGUAAAUAUCCCUGAAUUGAACACCCUAAUUUGCCCAAUUUCUUUAAUGCCGGAAUAUUUCGUAUAUUAUUAAUUUAAAUACAUUUUUUGACAUCUAUAUUUUUUAGACAAGAUUGUUUGAAGAAUUUCCAGAUGAAGGUGGUGUUAAAGAUCCUUCAUUGAGGUCCCUCCCAUUUUUGCCAGGUAAACGUUUGAAAAGAAAUCACAGGAUGUGUCAGCACAUGACAUAAAAAAAAUACAGAAUAUCAUAUACAUAUAUUAACUUAACAAUCAUGCAACCUUUAGUAAAUUGCUGAUUAUCAUGCUCCGAACAAAACAAAGAUUCCAUAUUUUAUUUUACAGUAUGUUUUAAUAAAUGGUAAUUCAUGUAAGGCAAUAAAGUUCUCUAACUUUUAUUUUUUGACAGGAAAAAUUAUUUUUGGCAGAAGCAACAUACGUGAUGUUGCAGAGAAAAGAAAGGAACCUAUUAAUGAAUACUGUCAGGUAGGCUUUGGAUUUUUUACUUAAAAGUUUAAGGAUUCUUGAGUUAAUAAAACAUGUUCAUUUGUUAACCCAUUGAGCUACAAUGUGCCCCUGUGCGCCCUACUUAGUUUUUUAUGUGUCUAUAACGCCAGACAAUUUUACUCGUCGAUGGGGAAGCUACGCAGCUUAAUGGUUAACCAAAAAAUCUGACAAUCAGUCUCUAAGUUAACCCAUUGGGCCGCAAUGUGCCCAGUGUGCCCUACUUAUUUUUUUUUACUUGUCUAAUGCCAGACAAUUUUACUCGUCAAUGGGGAAGCUCUGCAGCUUAAUGGGUUAAUUACACAUAUUGUUGAGCCUUAAGUUGACUCACUAUAAUUGUGGGUGAGGCAGUCAAUCGAUAAACUGGUAAGGCAGUCAAUCGAUAAACUGUAGGGUGAGGCAGUCAAUCGAUAAACUGGAAAAAACAAUGUUUUUUGAUAACCAAUUCAGGGUUUUCAGUUUUGUGUGAGGCUCUGGCUAAUGGCGAUGAAGCUAUGGUGAUAGAUAUUAUUUCUACCGAUAUAAUUUACAAAUUUGGGCGAGUACACAUAAUAGAGAUGUGACUAAACGUAAAAGCUCUGGCGAAUUUGGGUGGGGUUGAAUGAAGAAGUCAGGCGAAAUUCGCUGUUCGCUGGCCUAAACUGAAAACCCUGCAAUUCAACCAAAUGUUGUUCAAGGAAAAAAACGGAUAACAUUUGGAAAAAUUGUUUGAAACUCAGUAAUAUAUAUUGAAAUGAAAUGACGGUAAUUGCACAUUGUAUUUGUGAAAAAUCAUGAAGCAUAUUGAAGCUAAGCGGAUAAGAGGAUUGCAUGCUUGAUUAUUUCAACAGAAGAGGAAGUUAUGUCUAGACGCAAAGACAGACACACUCACUCACUCUGUAGAUACAAAUUAAAACAGACUUUAUGUUGGUCAACAUAUUAAGUAAUUCAUACCGUAUAUAAAUCAGUUUGUGUUUCAGACGGUUUUUUGUUUUUACCCUGAACCGUCCCACCCUAAAGGCAGCAUGACUAAAAAAGCCCUGUUGAUGAACUAAUUGACACUUGAACCUUUUAGGGCAAAUGCAUUCCAAAUAUGUUUGAAUAAAAAAGUAAUAAAUUGUUACUUAUUGAAUUUUUUUUAUAGAGUUUGAUAAAACUUCCUGCGAAGAUCUCGCAAUCUGAUCUUGUUUUUGACUUCUUUGAACCUACAAAUGAAGACAUUGCUUCAAUGGAGCCGGACGCUGAACAGUAUGUAUAAUUACAGGAUUAUCAUGCAUAGUUCCUCGUGUGUAUAGAAAUAUACAGUCUGGGAAAAUAUUGGCAAAGAAUUAAUUAGGUUG